AUGGGCACAACUUCACAAUUUGACGCGUCCGACAAAUCGAGAAUUUUGAUAAACGUUGGAGGAUUUCGGCACGAGACGCAUGUAUCAACACUCAAGAACAUCCCUGACACACGACUUUAUUGGAUAGCAGAAAACGUUUUAUCAGACAGCUCGGAAAAACGUGAGUUUUUCUACGACCGCCACCCCGGCGCGUUUACACAAAUUUUAAAUUACUAUCGAACUGGAAAACUGCAUUAUCCAACGGAUAUGUGUGGACCAAUGUUUGAAGAGGAGUUGGGUUUCUGGGGAAUCGACGAAAAACAAAUGGAGCCGUGUUGUUGGGCAACGUAUACGAAACACCGCGAAGCAGAGGAGAAUUUAAAGGAGUUUGUGGGUCCCGUGUUUGAAGAUAUACAACAAAAUGACCUAGAGCGCUCUUCGUCUGAUAUCUCUGGCAUUAAUGAACGAAAGGACAAUGUUUGGAAAAGAAUACAACCAAAGAUUUGGAAUAUUAUGGACGAGCCGCACUCAUCGCAACUGGCGAAGGUACGCUGUUUAUUCUUAUUUCACUCUUCUAUAUUUUAGAUUAUAUUAUUAUAUUUUUUAUUACUUUACUUUCCCCCAUUUUACCACGAAACAUUACAAAUGCACAAACUUCCGACCUUUUUUAAUAGCAUUAUUGUUAACUUUUGGCUUUUUGCGGCUUACGUUUCAAUAAAACUUAUUUGUGGUUUUCGUUGCGUACCAGGGAAAAACCAGACACUCCUCAAAAAAAUCAAGAUAUGUCAAUGGCAGUAAAUUCAAUUUAAAUUAAAACCCGUUUUUCUUUAUUUCUAUCAAAAUUUAAGGAAAUAGAGCUCUUGACUGUGGUUUCUACGCCCCAGGCGGCUAGUUUCGCUGGAACCGUCUCAUUCAGAUUGCGAAAAUUACGCCCGCAACAAUCAAUCCUCAAUGCAAAAUAGUCUAAUCUUUUUUUUUUUUUUUCAAGAAUAGGUUCCGAAGAUAAAGAUAUGUAGACUUCGUUAAUGAUGUUCGUUACUUGCCUCUCGAACUCGACAUUUCUUUGAGUCGCUCGCCACUGUUUUCAUUUUUUUCCUUUAUAAACGAAGACAAAAGAUCAACCUUUAUUUUUCUCAGCCAAUUCUGAAAAAGCAUUUUAAGAUUGAACAGUAAACAGUAAAAUCUCUUUAUUUACUUUUUUUCCUACAAAGCAAAGACCAGGAUGCAACUAUAACACUUAAGCGUGUUUCAAUGCACUCUUUGGGUGGAAAUCGAUAAAUAUUAUCCGGUUUGCACAUUUGGCAAUUUAUAGUAAAGAUAAUGGAAAAGAAAUUGCUUUAUUUCGCGAAAUGCGGUCUGGGUUGUAAAUAUCACCAACGAGGCAAACGUGUUCUUUAUUAAGCAGGGAAAAUAUGGAACGUUCCCACUUUUCAGAGAAAAAAAAACAAAGAAGUUUAGGAUAUUAUAGGCGUAAACAUUGGAUGCAUUAUCAAAGUAUAAACGCAUUAGGCUCAGGUAGUGAGAGUAGAGCCCAAUUUCCUCAAAAUAAACAGAAAGAUACUUAUAAGAGCGCCAUUACAAAAAAAUUCAUUAAACGCUAUCGCAAAUAUGCGACAAGCUAGCUCUUGUUACCAUCAAGCUAUAAGCAGGCGGUUGAUCGGAAAACGAAUUUGACCACAAGAGCUAACAUCAUGGCGGAUGUAUCUCUAAUUAACUAUCGCUAAUAUAAUUCAGGUUUUUAAAGCAGUCAAUUUGUUAGCCAAUAAGAACGCACAGUGAAACAGGUGUUGUUUACGUCACUAAAUGUAAUCGACGUUAUUAAUUGUAUUGUGUUGACUUGUUUGCAUUAAAAGCGCCGCGCUUAGAGGUCUUUUGUUCGCGCGAUUAAAUGCGCUAAAAUUAAGCGCUUUCAGUCUCGAUAAAGACUGCAAAAAAUCCUCAAAUCUAUUGAGCAAAACAUUUAAAAAACAAAGCACAACAUACAAUUGAAUAGUAAGUGUAAAUCUUGCAUUCAGGUUUCCAAGGGCAGAGUCAAACAUCAAAUCAUUCCUUUCAAAUUUUAGCAAAAAGCUUCCACCGGAAAGUGCCUGUCAUAACUUUUCUUUCGAUGGUCUCACAUCAGGAUUUAUCAACACACUAAGAAGUUUUACAUGUAACCACCAUAUACAGUUUAAUGAAAAGCAUAGCGAAAGACAAAACUAACAGCAAAACAGAAAAGUAGUCGGGAAUUGAUGACUCGGACUAAGACAUAACAACCAGAUUAGCCACUUGAAAACCCGAAUUUCCGGAAAAAUACAAGGUUUAAGACCAUCUCAGCGUCUCUUUUAAUAUUUCUGGUUCCAAUAAGACAUCAUCCCACACACUUGUGAGCUAAACUUGUCAUAAAAUCUGGGAUUUAAAAAUUGAAAUUCAGAAAUUACGAGAAGUCUUUUACGCAAUACUUACACGCAGUUUUUUUUUCUGAAACUGAUUCGUUCUGGAAGUUAACAAAAACCGAAGCCCAUAUCACAUUAAAAGGCGCAGGGAUAAACAUGCAAAAGCUAUCUUUUUAAAACCGACUAAUCUUAACCUUGUCAUUGACAGAGUAAGUGACAGAGUCUUAUAGGGUGGUUCUAACUAUUGAGUCUGAGGACAAAAUCCUAUGGUGUUACCAUUCCAAUGAAACCUCUUCAGCAGUACUUUCACGUGGUACUAUUUAUUUACUAUGUAGUUCUAACUUUUGAGCCUGUGGAUGAAAUCCUAUGGUGUUACCAUUCCAAUGAAACCUCUUCAGCAGUACUUUCACAUGGUACUAUUUAUUUAGUACGUAGUUCUAACUUUUGACUCUGUAGAUGAAAUCCUAUGGUGUUACCAUUCCAAUGAAACCUCUUCAGCAGUACUUUCACAUGGUACUAUUUAUUUAGUACGUAGUUCUAACUUUUGACUCUGUAGAUGAAAUCCUAUGCUGUUACCAUUCCAAUGAAACCUCUUCAGCAGUACUUUCACAUGGUACUAUUUAUUUAGUACGUAGUUCUAACUUUUGUGUCUGUGGAUGAAAUCCUGUGGUGUUACCAUUCAAAUGAAACCUCUUUCGCAGCACUUUCAGAUGGUACUAUUUGUUUUGUAUGUAAUUUUAACUUUGGAGUAUAUAGACAAAAUUCUAUGGUGUGACCAGUCAAAUAAUUAAUGAACCUCUUUAGCAGUACUUUCACAUACUUUCCCCUCUCCCCUCUUGGUCUUUCUUGGUACUAAAAGGAACCACCAGCCGAGUUAAUUAUCGGCAAUCCCAGGUUCAACUCCACAGCCAUGCACAGAAAUCCCCUCUGGCAACUGCAGCUUUUACUCAUCUUACGUUUCAUUUAGAUUAUUUGUUUGUGAUUUUUUGAGAGGAGUGUCAGUAAAAAGCUAGAGAAACUUGGUGCACUUACACUAUAAACAAAGAUUUGCAUUUUACAUUGACAUUGUAAUUCAAGGUGACUGUGACCAAUUCUUCUUCUAAAAACAGUCUCUUUGACUGAUUAUCAGUAUCGCCUAUUGCCUCUUCCAACACCACUUUCAAGAAUGCUUUUCUUUACUAUGCCGCCAUUCCCUUCAAGCUUAUCCCCAACAAGAGUUCACCCUCAAAAUACCCAUAUGGGUACAUGUCUGUGGUUCCCAUUGGGUUCCUAAGUUUAAGACUCCCCAUCUAGAAUGGGGUAGCCUGCAAGUAUCAGAGCUUCCAUUGGGGUUAGGAGAAAGGAGAAGUGAGAUCUCCCCUUUGAAAUAACUUCUGUUAUAUUUGCAUUUCUAGCACUAAUGCUAGUGGGACCAAGCAAAUAGCCUGAAACAAAUAAUCUAAAUCAAAUUUAACAGGGUUACGAAUCCCAACUGGCAAGAGGCAAACCAGCUGGCUAUUCACAAGCGUGGCCAAGGAUAUGAACUCGGAUAACCGAGAGCAAAUCCAGAUAGCGGUCAGGGUGGUACUUGAAGUCAGGGCCCCUGAAUUGUAAGUCCAGCACUUUAACCACUCAGCCACGUUGCCCUCUCUUUUUUGCUAUUUUCUUCACCCUUUCCCCCAGAAAUGCCUGAUACCCGAGCUACAUGUAAGAACAGGGUAUCUUAUUUAACAUGUUUCCCAGAUCAGGGUAUAAUGCUGAACAUACAGCAGUGUUGUGGGGAUUUUCAGGGAUAAUGAAACAAAAAAUUCACAUGUAACAUAACAUGGUUAAGAAUCCCAACUGGUAGGAAGCAAACUAGUUGGCUUUUUUACAAGGUCGGCCAAAGAUUUGAACUCGGGACUACCAAGAACAAAUCCAGCCGGCAGUCAGGGUGGGACUUGAGCUCUGGGUCUCCAGAUUACAAGUUCAGCUCUCUAACCCAUCAGUCACUCUGUCUUCAUUAAAGAAUGAUCUACAAUGAGCAUUAAAAUUUGGCCUAUUUCCUGAACAGGGUUCCGCAUAAUUUUAAAUAUGCAAUUUUCUUGCCUAAAACAAGAUACAAAUUUGAAGACAGGGCAUCAGUUGUUCAAUUUUAAUGUUAGUGCCAUCCACCAGACAAAGUAGUACCCAGAAGGUAAAUAUUAGGGAAACCAAUUGUGUUACACAAUGGAUAGAGAUUUAUCCAGUGAAUAGCAUUAUCAACCUUUCGAAUAACUGGGGCUUGUCAAUAAAUUUCCACCUACAUCUACCCGAGCACCCAACCUGAGCUCAAACUGCAUGUAACACCCCUUUUUGGUAAGAGAAUGGUAGCAGUACGCUUGGGUGUGUCACAUCCACUUUAGUACUUUUAACAGUACAAAGGGCAAGAUUCCACACCACCCCAUACAUUUAUACAUUUUAUCACUUAAUUUCUAUUCAUGUUUUUCUACUUUUAUAAUCCUUGGUUUGCAAUCACAUGACAAGGCAGCCAUGUUAGUGGUCAAUACGACAGAGUUUUUCUCAAAGAAUUUAUAUGAAAAUGGAGUUUACUUCCCACAGGCCGCCACUUGCAAACCAGCAAUGGAAUACAAAAAAAUUAAAAGAUGGUGCAAACUCAGCUGUGUAUAGGGCCAUGUAUGGAUUUUAAUACCUUGUGUAAUGGCGUGACCGCAUGCGUGACACGCCUAGUGACGCUGAUAGUAUGCAUAUUAGGUGUUGUUAUUUUAGAACGUGCUAUGUUGUAUCAGAACGUAGGAAGUAACGGACGCGAGCAGUAAUUUUACGAAUUGAUUGUGAAACAUGUAAGAUGUAAGCCCGACAUUAAACCUUGAGAACACUGUAUUUUUUUAGGGGUCGCGCAAGCAAAGACACGCUAGGUUACUUGAACUAGCGACUUCCAGACAGAGAACUGCAUCACAAACCACUUACAUAGCUUGAUCGGAGGGAAUGCAUAUGUGAUGUUUAGUUAAACUAUCACCACCUAUUUUGAGCCGUUUGAGCAGCAGUUUGUAGAAAAUACAAAUCAAAUCCCUCGUGUGCAAUAAUUAUAUUUCAAACGGACUCAAAGAAAACGACACAUAGAUUUCUUACCACAUUUUGAGCCAUUGUUCCAGCGACACAUCUCCGUCCGGGGAAAUCACGCCAGUGGCACAUCAACACAGAAAUCCAUAUUACAAGUAACGAAGCGGGUAUUUACCCACAUAAAACUGUUCCCUGCGUUAUUUUUUCUUUUUUUGUCGAUUCAACAAAGUUCCUGCGUAUUUUUUGACGUUUUGGGGGUAGUUUUGAAUAGUGCUUUCAGCUGAAUCUUUCGCAGAUUCAAAACAAUCCCGCGCGAUAUCCCAUGACUAUGUAACCGCUCCAUUUAAACUUUGUAACCUCACCAUCCCAUACCCAAAAAGCCUGGGAUUGAGGACGGUAGCCCAAUAAAAUAGACCUCUUUAGCUUGUUGGUUUUUGUUUUUGUUUUUUUUUUUCUAAUGAAAGUCAUGCGAUAAUUGGAUAACACUCUAGAGAACUGUUGCAUUCAAAUUUCGGACCUACAUUGGGAAGCUAAAGAUGUCUAUUGGUUUCCUUAGUAAACUAAGAAGGAUAAACCACUUGCCGUGUGGAGGGUAAGGCACUCUAAAAUAUGAAUUAAAACAAUAAUUCCAGUUUCAGUGACAAAAAACCCCUCGCGUUAACCCUCGUCGCGUAAAGUAGGCUAUCAUAUGGCCCUUCUGGUUAGAGCCCUUUUUUACUGUCCUUCUAUGUCAAAAAGGCAAGGCGAAACGGCUGUUUUCGCAGGCUACACAAUCAUUUGCUUUCCAUUUUCUUUCACAGGUUGUGUCAUAUCUUUCCUGUUUCUUUAUAAGCCUGUCUAUAGCUGCAUUCUGCGUCUCGACUUUACCUGGAAUUCGCGAGGAGACAAAAGGAGAAAUUAUGGGACAUCAAGAAGGAUUGGCCGCUCUUGAAAUCGUCUGCAGCAGCUUUUUCACCCUGGAAUUCCUGAUCCGCGUGACAUUUUGCCCGAAGAAAAUUGAAUUCGUUAAAAAGCCCAUGAACUGGAUUGAUUUGAUAUCGAUUUUGCCAUUCUAUGUUGGGUAUUUCUAUCAUGAUAAUAUGGUGAAAAUGUUUCUUGUAAUCCGAGUGCUGCGAUUAUUCAGGUAUGGGAUUACUCCUAGUAAAAGCGUUUUUGAGCGACGCACUUUAACCUAAAAUGAGGUUUUUUGCCUUUUUAACAUACCUUAACGCUACCUAAUUAUUACAGCCUAAUAGGGGUGGCAAUGGCAAAAUCCAAGACUCGCCGAGACGCCGAGAGAUCCUAGUUAGAAAUCCGAGCCCGAGACUCUUUGUUAAAAAGUUUGGAGACUCAAAAAAAGUAAAAACAAACCAUGCAAAAACGAGACUUCGAGACUUAUCAAAAACGCUUCCGAGAUUUCGAGAUCCUGCCAAAAUUUUCCGAGACUCACGUUUUUCGAAGUACCAUUCGCCACCCCUCCUAAUGUAAAUCUUUUAUCUCAUGGAGAUAACUUGCCUGAAAAUUUAGGAAAAACUGCUCCCAAAUUGUAGUUUUUAUCUUAUGAGAAAUAAUAUACAACUAUCCUCCGAAAGUGAAUAGUGGUGGGUGUGCAUGAAAAUAAAUUUCUACCCACCAGUAAACACCGACAAGCCACGCUUUCUUGGUAUUUGUUUGUACGACUGCUUCAUUAAUCGCUAAAAUUUCGUGUUCAGAAAAUGCCUCGAAGUGAGAAUCCAUUUUGGCUCCUGUCGCAAAACAGUGAAUAUCCAAGGAUAAUUAUAUUCCGAGUGACGGCAGCCAAUCAAAACGCUCGAAAAGUGCUAUUCACUGAUUUGGUAAAUACUAAAGACAUUUAUUAUUUUUUAUUAUUAUUCAGUUAGAAUGCAAAGUCCACUUCCGGUUAACGUGCGACGCUCUCGGAACAUAACCUGCCGCAGGCGUACAAAGGAGAGGGGGGAAGGGAGAAAAGCCCUCCCUUUUCCCCUUCCUACCAGUCCCCUACCCCUUUAAGUGUUAUUUGAAGUUUGACUUUUUGUUUUUAUUUUUGGGGAGCGAGGGUGUCGCAGUGGUGGGAGUGCUCGCCUCCCAGCAAUGUGGCCCGCCGGGUUCAAAUCCCGGCGACGUUGCGUUUCUUAUUCAAUGUUAUUUCUUUUCUUUGCCAUGAAAUGGUUUUCUCCGAGCACUCCGGUUUUCCCUUCUCCUCAAAAACCAAAAUGCCCUACCUCUAAAAUCGUUAUCUAUUUUGUUAUUUUGAUUGUUUGUUUUUUUGUUGCUGUUGCUUUUUUCCUCUCCGUUUUCUUUCUUCCUGUACUUUUGUUCUUCAUAGUAGCUAAAGGAAUCAGGGUUUGUCAAAACUUGAAAUAUAAUGCAACAAUACAAGCGUUCGCGCGCCCUAAAGUCAAAAGCACAGCAUUUAUAGCUAGUCAGUUGAUGUCGUGGUUGGGAGUAAUGAACCGAUUUUAGAGUCGUUUCGCGUGUGUGAUUUCGCUGAACCAAACAAUGAUGUCGUAUUUGUUUAUUCACUCAAAGAAGGCCAGUUCUAAGAGCUAAUAGGUGUAUAAACACUUUUCAUUUUUCAGGUUUGUGAAACUGUCUUACGGGUUACAAAUCAUGAUUCACACACUGAAGGCAAGUUCACAUGAGCUAGUUCUUCUCUUGUUGAUUCUCCUCAUCCCAGUUGUCAUGUUCUCUAGCAUAGUUUACUACAUUGAAAUCAUGAUCGACGAAAAAUCCGAGUUCAGAUCCGUUCCACAGUCAUUCUGGUGGUGCCUCAUUACUAUGACAACCGUAGGAUACGGUGACCUUACCCCGCAAACAUGGCCGGGAAAAAUCAUCGGUGGCGCAUGUGCUGUCUGUGGCGUGUUGAUCGUUGCGUUGCCAAUCUCUGUCAUCGGCAGCAACUUCAGCUUGUACUAUGCGCAUGCGCAAGCGAGGCUCAAGCUUCCGAUGAAACAACAUCGUUUAGUGCUUGGGGGUGUUCCGGGACUGUUAACAAAGCACCAGGAACUAAGCUCCCGUAGGAAGAAAAAGUCGGCCGCAGUGCCAAGUAUCGACCCAGAGAUGAGCAUGGUAACCGAGCGUACCUCGCUCAGAUCUUCGAUGCCUCACAGCCCUUUGCUUGAACUGCGUAGGGUCUCAAAUAAGCAUGCGCAUGACUCGGAAACAGAACUGGUCGGAGAAGAGGAUGAGAAAGGUACCACAUCGCCUCUGCUGAGGCCCAGUCCUCAGAUGCAACCGAGAGGUGAGAAAGUAGGAUUCACCCUUUGUAAAGAUAUUAAGACGGAAUCCAUUAGGAAAUUGCGUAAUCGCUUAAUUUUCAGUGGACAAAAAACCCUGUACUGGAAUGAUUUAAACAAUAUCGCAUUCUUUUUUACCUUUUUAUAAGGGCUAUAGUUGUAAUAAGUUAUCUGUAAUAACAAAAAAGAACAUUUGUUAUGAGAGCCCGAGAAAAUAAAUGUCAAAUUUUACAAAAUGACAUCUUACACAUGAAGUUUUUCAGAAAUUUACCCGCGUUUUCACAAUUCAUGUGAAAUUUGACGUUUAUUUUCUCGGGUUCCCAUGACAAAUAGUCUUUGGUGUUAUUACAGAUAACUAAUUAUAUCUAUAGCCCUUUAAAAAUGUAAAAAAGAAUGCGAUGUUCUUUAAAUUGUACUGGUACAAGGAAUUGUCCUCUGAAAAUUGAAAUUCCUCAACUUCCUGAUGGAUUCAGUCUUAAUCGCCUAGUAGGAGACUGGUUAUUAAAGAUGGCAAACAUCAAAGAUAAAAGCAACGGUGCUACAGUUUACACCCCGGGGGGAUACUGCCAUAUAUGGGCUUUUCAAGCAGUUUACUCUGGGAUAGGAUAUAUAAAUCAGAACAUUUUGGUCUAGAAUAGGGUAUCAUUUUUCAGGAAACUGAUCAGUUGGUUGAAGAUUUUAUCCAGACUAGGGAUUGUGGUAUAAGGUUUUGUUUUGCCUAGACUGUGCUAGUGACCUCAGUAGUUUCUGGAAAACAGCUACUCUAGGAUAGGAGGAAUUUGGGGAGUUUACUCCAGUAUAGGGUAGCAAAAUUCAACUGCACUAGCUCUGGUAUAGGUUAAGGGUUCCAGGGUCCCAGCGGCACAUCCCCACCCAGAAAUUCCUAAAGUAGCCCCCCCCCCCCCCCCCCCCCCCCCCGGGGUUUAAAAAAGCCCCCCCCCCCCCCCCUAACCCCACUGGGAGUUUACGCUGGAAGCUUCCUAACGGUUGACAAUCCUCUUUUCUUUGCUAUCAAAUUGUGACGGAAGAAAUUAAAGCAACGUAUUUAUUGGUAUAUAAGGGAUGCUAUUGAUCGUUGUGCACCUUCAAGUCCACAAAAACAUAUAACAAAAGAGUCUGGCGGAGUUCAUAACUGUUCCACUCUAUUAAUUAUGCUGAAAGGUCACACUAGAGAGGCCGUAAAAGGCAUAAGGGACUUAAAGAAAUGUACGCGAACCCUCCCGAAUUUGAAUUCCAAGGGACCAUCAGGAAGCGAAAGAUAAUUUCGUCGUUGCUUAUUUACGUUCUCUGUGCCAUAAAACAGGAAAUUAGGCAUUUUCACGUCGUAAUCAUCGUGCAAAAAUGGCAAAGAAAUGUACAAAAGAGCGUGAUGCACGUGCAAAGUUGUUGUUUUGCUUAUUAAACCUAUUGUUUUGUUAGACGUCCUCGUUGACGUCGCGUCGAUCACUUAAAGUCCCUAAUUUUUUUGAGUGAUGCACGCACGACAACCGGAAGUUAAAACUUUUCCCUUUUAAUACGCCUUGACGAUACCAAAUUUCUAUCGCUAAGUGUCUUUACUCCUACAGAAAAGAUUUGCCCGCAAAAUUGGGCAAAACCACUGCUCAAGAAUGCAAAAAGUCCACUUCUGGUUGGCGUACGUACGUCCACUUCCAGUUGACGUGCGUUGGUCAAAAAGGUCUUUACCACCGAGGAAUAAAAGCCGUGACCCUAGGUUAACAAAAUAUAAGGUUUUAAUACAGUUUGAUGCCCCCUUUACAGGCCAACCGGACAAGGUCAUAUAUUCAAGGAGAAGACCACGGCGAACAUCCGGGACGCUGCAGCUUCCACGUCAAUCCGUCCAGGAAGAAGUUGAAGAAGGAGAAGAAGUGCAGCAGCAAGCUAAUGCAUUGUCACGUGACUUAUCACGUGCAAAUCAAAUGACCACCGAAAACCAAAACAAGAAAUUUAGCUGCAAUGCAAAUCCUUCACCUGAACGGCCAAAUUCAGAUCGGGAAUCAGUUGCCAUGGUUCAACCUUUUUGCCGGGCGCAUUCUCCAAUUGGAAAUAAUCUGAAAGAAAAAGAUGUUCAGAAUACUGUCAAAGCGCAACCGGAUCCCUUUGAUUCCUUGGAACGUUUACAAAAAGACAAUAUUCGUGCAAAGUGGUUUCUUCAAGACACGAAUUCUCAACAGCCUACAGAAAAAGCCACCCCAAUCAUAGUAAACGGGGAUAUAAACUCAUUUAAUUCAUCGCAAAGGCCUUUACUGGGACAGAGCCCAGGGUCAACCGAGGAAUUGGACAGCAAUCAAUUAUAUCCCACCAUAAGCCCACUAAAGAAACGAAAAUCCUUUUCGGACUCUCUUUUGUGUACUGUUCCACAAGAUGAAGAUCUGAGACAAAGAGACGAUUUGGUUAAUGGCUUGCCAUCUGACCAUAGUAUAGAUGGAGGAGAUGGUUCAGUCAAACUCAAUUCAAAGGAAACCAUUUCUCCUAACUCACAGGGAAAAGGAUCCCCUUUAUCCAAUAAAAAGGUAUUGAAUACCAACGGACCUUGCAGUAAACAUAGUGACGAGGAGACAAUUUCGUCUCGUAACAGAACUACGACACACCCAUGUUAUGAUCCAAUGGAUUUUUCAAAAAGAAGACGGAACGCCGCGUGUGCAGUUGGAAUCUUGCCUCCCUCUGAGAGAGGUAGUGAGAGUGAUUUCUUGGAAACGAAUAUUUAG